AUGCAAAAAUUAAUAGAUGAAAGUUAUUCGGAAGAUGUUACUUUUCUAACCAUUAAUAGUCGAAAUUUAGAGGGUCAUUUAGAUUUGAGAAAAUUUAUAAAAUUGGAAAAAUUAGAUUGUCCAGAUAAUAAAUUAACUAGUCUAGAUUUGAGUAAAUGCUCUAAUUUAACUCAUCUUUAUUGUGAUAAUAAUUCAUUCACUGAUUUAGAUUUUCUUAAUCCAGAAAGUGAAAAGGGUUUGCCUCAUCCAGAGAAAUUGAAAGAGUUAUACAUAGGAAAUAACGAAAACCUCGCUAAGCAAAAUUUAAGUUUUUUAAUUCCUUUUACUGGAUUAGAAGAACUAAACAUAGAUAAUUGUCCUUUCGAAAGUAGUUUAGAGUACUUAAAGGGAAUGAAAGUUCUGCGAAGUAUUUCGAUUAGUGGCACUGAUAUUGAUUCUGGUCUAGAAGACUUACCAGCCAGUUGCCAAAUAAUUUACUGUAAUUUUGAUUACCGAUCUAAUAAAAGAUCAAUAAAAAUCCUUAAGGAGAUUGAACUUUUGGAUAAUUAUCAUGAAUUAGUAGGAUUGCUUAAGACAGUUAAAAUUGGUAAGUAUGGAGAAGUAAAUAAAAAACUCGGAAUUUUGAAGAAAAAAACUUAUGAGUUCUUAAAUCAAUAUGAUGAUGAUGGUAACGGAACUAUUGAUAUGUUCGAGUUGCAAAAGGGCAAAGAGGAACUGGCGAAGGAUUUAAAUAAGGAAAAUACAGAAGGAGGUAGUCAAUUAGGAGAAAUUGUCCAAGCUUUACUAAGCCUCGAAAGAGAAAUUAUUGAAUAUCGACAAGGUUCUUCCAAAGAGACUGAAGAGGAAAAUCAUGUCAUUAUGUACAAAAAAAUAAUAAUUGCCGAAAAUAAAAAAGCACCUAUUGAAGAAGUAAGGCAGUUUGAAGUAGUUAAGAAAGAAGAACAAAAAAUAAUUAAAGAUGUAUUGAAUGAGGAGGUAAGAGAGCAUAAAGAAUUAGUGAAAAUAAGCAAAGUAAAUCCUUUUCUCGUUUUAAUAACUGGCGGUGCUGCUUCUGGAAAAUCCACUUUGACACAGAAAAUAAAGGAGAAUUUUGAGCAAAUUUACCAAGAAAAGUUAAUAACCCUCUCGAUUGAUUCUUAUUAUUCUUUUAAAACUCUUUUAUCCGGAAGUCCUGUUUAUUUACCAAUUUAUGAUAAUUCAGAAGAAAAGAGAUUUAUUAGGUCGGAUGUUUUGGUUAACAGUGCUCCAAUCAUUAUUGUAGAAGAAGUAACUGAUGAGAUAAGGUUAACAAGAAGGUUAGCAAGAUAUAAACAAGGAUUAUCUGAGGGUAAAUUUAGUGAACCAAUCGAACAUGAAAUAGAUAGAUUUUAUAAGGGUAGACCAAAAAUAAAUCAAGAAACUUAUAUUGAACCGGUUAAGCAACAUGCUGAUUUAGUGGUUAAUAAUGAUAAUUAUGAAGGGAAUGUAGAAAAGGUGGUUGAGGCAAUAAGAAAAAAAUUAGAAAUUCGCCCAUAA